AUGCACAAGAAGGCUGUUGACACAGGCACGGAUCCUUUCCGCGUCCUCUCCGACGAUGUGCUCGAGCACAUCCUUUCCCUUCUGCCGGGGGAUGAAGCCCUACAGACUUGCGUGCUCGGUACCCAGUGGCGUGACCUCUGGAGGCGUAAAACCAGCUUGCGCUUCAUCUUUGAGAACUGGUCAAAUUUUAGUCGCGAGCGUUUCAAUAAAUUGGUGAAGCUGAUAACCCAUCUUAGGGGGGAUGCAUCUCUGACCAACUGCCAGAUCAAUCCCUAUAGUGAUGAGGACUAUAUCAAUUUCACAGAAGCCAAGCCAUUGGUCGAGUACGCUCUAAAGUGCCGGGUUGAGAAGCUCUCGAUUUGUGCUAGUGAUAUUUUAUAUGAACCAUUACUAGUCAAUGAUUCACCUCUCAUCUCCCGCCACUUGAGGACCAUAGAAUUUGGAUUCCUUGACGUCGUAGGUUCCUCAGUAGAUUUCUCAGGCUGCCCAGUAUUAGAGGAGCUAACAAUAGAAAGAUGCUACGUUGACGCAGGGAAGAUAUGUUCUAAUUCACUAAAGCAUAUGUGGUUAAUUGGGCAUUGUACCUUCUCCGAGGAUAACCACAUUCCUAUUACUGCCCCGCGCCUUAUCUCACUGGAACUAGGUAGUUUUCAAUGCUUGACUCCUUCCCUUGAAGAGAUGCCGUUACUGGAAAAAGCAUCUAUUUUGCUUGGCAAUGGGUGUUACAAUGUCUGUCAUAGUGACCAUAAAUGUGGUGGAUGUUCUCACAAGAAGUGUCUGCUUCUCAAUGGAUUAUCCAGUGUUGUUGAUUUGAAAUUGAUUGCUACACCUAAAUUGCUCACUCUUAAGAUCGAUUUCCCUGAGAACUUUGUAGGAAGAGAAGGAUCCAGGCAAUCAUUUGUGUGUCCCCCUCAUUUGGUUGUCAACAUUAAAUGUAGAAAAGUUGAUAACGGUGUUCACAAGAUUUUGGACGUCUUGAGGACAUGUGGCAUACUUCCUGAGCAGAUUAGCAUCAAGUGUCAUGAUCGCACUUAG